AUGGAUAAAUAUCGACCAAAGAGACCCACCACCCUGGCUCUGUUCCCACAGCUGCCACAAGCCGGCACCCAGGACUCCAUCAACAACAACUCUUUAGGCAAGAAGGACAGCUGGAAGGACUCCCACUCUUCCUCCCCACACAUCACAGGGGAUCUAACGCCACCGGAUGUCCAAGCCAAAGCGGAGGACAAAGUCCGGCCGGGCUCACAACGCCGACCGGCUCCAAAACCCCCCACGGCCAACGGAUCCAGACCCAACGGUCCCACCGCCGCCACCGCAGAGGCACGAGCUCGACCGCGAGAGCGACCGGCGUCGACGCAGGCCUCCAGCACCCCGAAGAGUCAACGUAGAGCAGCCGGAGGAGGAGGAGGAGGUGGAGGAGGAAGAGGAAGAGGAGCAGCAACGAUGAGAGAGAGGAGCCUGGUGGAGGUCAGAGGGAAGGACGGACCGACGGACAGACGAGGGGGACGGCUGUGUGAGGAGGCCAAGACCCGGGACAGGAAUGGACACCAGAGACCCAGGGAGGCGAACGGACUGAAGGGCAGGGCGGCCGAUGGACGGGGGAAAGGAGGCGCUAAAGCAGGCAACAAAGCAGGGGGCAACAAGCUGAACAACGUGCUGACCAACCAGGAGGUCUACCUGCCCGCCAUGGUGGUCCCACGCACACCUGUAGCACCGAGGAACCAGGACAAGAACCAAGACCAAG